UGCACCUUCCACCUGGAAACACGUCGAGUGCGCUACGCAGUCGAUGUUACGCUGUCGCUCACCACGGCUGGACUAUCGAGGUGUUUCCCUCCCGCUGAUAACGACCUGACUUUGCACAAGCGAUUCCCGUGCCAGAUUAGUGUAUCCUCCGACCGCCUCGUGGCCAGUACCGCUCGACAUUCUCGCCCUUCGUUGGAUCCAAAGAACGUGAAACGUUCCGACGAGGAUGGACGUAGAGGGACGAAAUUCCUGGCUCCACGCGGGAUAGAGCGCGGCCGGGACGGAUCGUUUUCUUCCGUUUUGCGAUCCCGGGACUCUCGGCUCGCGAGUUCUGCACAGUGCUCGAAGGACUAUUUAGUGUAACGUCGCAUCGCCGGAGUGAAUCUCGCGCGAAGUGGCGUUCGUGUUUCAUCCUGGGCACCCGUACCCAAGGAAUUCAGUGCCUUUAGAAUGACAUUUGGAUUUCGUGGCCGUGGACGAAAACGUUGAGCUUUCCUGCGAGGGUGUCCCCCCAGAGGCCUGCCAAGGAGUCAAAGGGGUUUCAUGUGAGUCCCAGUGCUAGCCCCACGUCGCCACCCAGCCCGAUCAACGACAACAUGGACAAGUCGCCGAUUAUUACCGACGAGAAUUUCCAGGACUUUGAAGCAGAAAAGGCAAUAAUGGGUUCCAUUGUGUAUUGCAUACAUCAAAAGGACGGCUGCAAGUGGUCGGACGAACUUAGAAAGCUGAAGGCUCACCUGAAUACCUGCAAGCACGAUGCAGUGCCCUGCAGCAAUAAAUGCGGUGCAAUGAUUCCGCGCGUACUCAUGGAGGACCAUUUGAAGUACACUUGCGGUCAGCGACGAGCUCGCUGCGACUUCUGUGCCAAAGAAUUCACCGGUCACACGCUCGAGAAACACACAGGUACAUGUGGUUACGAGCCACUCUAUUGCGAGAACAAAUGCGGCAUGAAGGUGCAGAGAAGGCACCUUAGCCAGCACAAGUUGGGCGAGUGCGCGAAAAGAUUGGUGGCCUGCCGUUACUGCAACAAAGAGUUCGUUUUCGAUACACUGGGUGCCCAUCACGCCAAGUGUGGUCGUUAUCCAGUCGCUUGUCCUCAUCGCUGUGAAACUGCCGUCUUACCGCGAGAAGAUCUGGAGGUACACUUGAAGGAUCACUGCACGACACACCUUUUGUCCUGUUCUUUUAAGGACGCUGGCUGUCGUUUCAAGGGUAACAGAUUCUCUUUGGACAAACACCUAGAGGAAUCUGCAAAGAUGCACUUGAGUCUAAUGUGCAGUGUGGUAACGAAACAGCAGCAUCAGAUAACCAGUCUAAAAUCCGCCAUCAGUAAACUGUCCUUAAAUUAUACGGGCACGCUAAUAUGGAAGAUCACGGACUACAGUGCCAAAAUGUCCGAGGCGAAAGCCAAGGAAGGCAUGGAGUUGGUGAGCCCCCCCUUCUACACUAGUCAAUAUGGUUACAAGCUACAGGCAUCGGUUUUCUUAAAUGGAAAUGGCACCGGCGAAGGAAGUCACAUUUCGAUAUAUAUAAAAAUUCUUCCCGGGGAAUACGAUGCUCUGUUGCGAUGGCCAUUCUCUCAUAGCGUAUCCUUUACCAUAUUCGAUCAAACAGUGGUCGCAGAGAAGGCGUGCAAUAUCGUCGAAAGCUUUAUACCGGAUCCAACAUGGAAGAACUUCCAAAGACCCAGUCGCGAGCCUGAUUCCCUUGGCUUCGGCUUUCCCAGAUUCGUUUCCCACGAAAUGGUGAAAAAACGGCAUUUCGUCAAAGACAAUACCAUGUUUAUCCGGGUAAAAGUCGAUCCUAGUAAAAUUGUGGCCGUUUGAACAAUCGAUCGUUAACCGUUCUACAACUUUGUACCAUAUUCGACUCGACUAUUAUCGUUCCACGUAAUACAGUUAAUAUCGUUACGUCAUACGUAAACUUUGAUGUGGUUGUUACGCAUUUCUUAUGUUACACGUAAUGUCAGUCCAGUAAAUAAUUAACGAUAACCGUAUUUAUUAACGUCGGCCGUGUACUUGGUGUGAUAGUGCAAAGUAUCUACUCUACAUACAGGACAACAUUGUACUUACGUCGUUGCACUGGCAGUAUACCAUAGUAAAAUUGAUUCAGGGUAUCUCUGAAAAUUCUAGAAGGUAAUAGUCAUUUCCUAGGAGGCGAUCCUUGAACGGAAACUGUAUAAAAAUGUUUGCAUCGUGCCUCGGAAUUUGUAUAAAUUUGUCAAACUGAUAUUUUUAUUACGGUUUCCAACGUUUCUCACCUAUUUGCUUCGCAAUAUACAGUUUUCCAUUCCUUACAGCGUACAGUGAACGUUUCGAUGCGCAGACUUAACGAUAUGUUCAAAUCGUUUGAAAUUCAUAAACGAACGAUCGAUUCUGUGUUCAAUAUUGCGAUAUUAAAAUUUCACGAGCUCAUCGAUCGAACAACGUUAAGUUUGUCGAAGCGAUAUACCUUUAAGGAUUCAAAUCAAAGAUUAUUAAAGGACUGUGUAUUAUAAGCUUAGGAAAUGUAAAUAUUGCGAAAAAAAGGAGCGAGUAAUUAGUCCAAGAGACAAUCUACCAAUGUAAAUACGCAUUUACUAUUUGUUAGUGAUAAUGAGAAAUUGUGAUU